GAACUGAAUUGAGUAAAUGUUUAGGGUAUGGUUUCUGUAUCCAAAAAUGAGGAAACAAAACAAAAUUCACAUGAGUAUUGUUUUUUCCUUUGUCGUUAACAUUGAGCCGUCUUGAAUGUAUUCAUGAUUUUUUUCAAUUAAUGUCUUUAUCUCACUUGAUUUGUUUUCUUCUGAAAUAUGACUUGAUCUUUUUAUAAUGUUUUGUAUGAUAAUUUUAGAGAUAGAGCAAUGUAAUGAUUAAUGAACUGAUAAUAUGUGUAUUAUCAUUUUCAAUAUUUCUACUAAUUGAUAAAUUCAACACUUGCCUAGCAUUCAUACUAUGUACAAUCUUUAUAUAUAUAUUCUUACGCCUAAAAAUAUUGCAUCAUAGAUGUUUUCCAUCAUUUCCUUUGAUCAUCAAUCAACAAAACAUUUACUUCGUGAGUCUGUCACAUGGGCUCUCUUAUUUUUUUCAAUCAAGCGAAUCAGUUUCUUGUUUUAGUCAGCGAUUUAAAAAAUCGUGCAAUGGGAUGAUUAUUGAAGUGAUAUUAUGGUUUUCAUCAUUUUUACUGUUUCUACUGAUUGAAAAAUACUUUUCAUUAUUGGUAGCUUUUAUAAUAUGUCUCCUCCUAGUCCAUUUCUAUGUACGUUUACGUGCAACUUUUCAUAAUUUUGUAUCCUCUACAUUCCAUGACUUAUAUAAUAAAAUAGCAUCAUAUCGAUUGUUUAGAAUAUCUUUUAGACUUGCCUAUACAUCUGAGAUUUAUAAAAGAACUUACUACUUCUUAGGACAACUGUUUUGUUUUCAGAAGACAUCUAUACCUAUCCCUGCUGAAAACCAAAAUUUUCAAAGUUGUGGAGAUGUGUUAAUCAUUGACAGUGAAAUAAAUGUUUUAGUUCAAAAUAUAUCUAAACAUUAUAUUUGUUCGUGGUAUUAUAGACUCGGUGAUAAUGAUGAGUUUAUUCAUCUGUUAAACAAAUCCAUCAAAGAAACCCUUCAUCGAUUGUGUUCUCGGAUUUUACAAAUUGAGAGAAAAAAAAUUUCUUACACUAUAUUACAAAUAUAUCUACAUUUUUUUUCUCAUUUUGUAGAAGCGAAGAAGUCUUCAGAAAGUUUUUCUUGGGAUAAUGUUCAGAUGAGGCACUGGGCUAUGAGAGACACAGCUACUGAACGAUGCUAUCUUCAGAGUUUAAUCAGUGCAUUGUUGGAUAAAUUUGGUCCUUUUGAAAGUGAAAAUUCCCUUCAUAGUAAAUCCUGUUCUUUGUUACAUGCUAUAGUAGUAGAAAUUUUAACUGAAACCUUAAUUCAACCGUUAGUUAGAGUUUUUAGUGAUCCGUCACGUAUAAACCUUUUAAUUUUAUGGAUAUUAGCUAAUAAAGAAGACUCAACUGAAACAUUAACUGUUGCCAAACUUCCAUCAAACUCUUAUAAUAAAUCUCAACCAACAAUUAUAUUGCCUUCUGAUGAUGUAUCUGUUGUGUCAAAGCCAAUAAUUGCCAAAAAAGUUACUUCACAAUCCAGAUUAACUGUACCUACAUCGAGCAAUUGUAAUAAAAAAGCUCCAAAUAUCAGCGAAAAUCCCGGUCAUGAACUCAGUGUUGAAAGCUCAAGUUUUGCUUCACUUGCUGUUAGCUUAAAAUCUUCAAGCAAUAGUUAUCUUUCUAAUUAUGAUAUAUGUAAUAUAACUGAUUUAGAUUGUGAUGAUAGCGCAUCAGAUAUCUGUGAUAAUGCUUUGAUAAAACGGUCUAAAAGUGCUGAUUACAUACGACAGAUGCCACAACUUAAAGCUCUAAAUGAAAAAGAUUAUGACAUAAAGUUGCAAAAGGGAAAUAAUAAAAUGCUUGUUGUUGUCAAAUCUGAUUCAAAUUCCAACUGUAGUAUAGAACAAGCAGAAGAAGCUGUGGAAUUAGAAGUUCCUACUCUAUUUACUGAUAUAAAAAUUACUGAUACCAUUCAACAAAAUGAAGAUGGCAUUGUUCCUUAUACACUUUACUGUAUAGAGUAUACAGGAAUUUUCCAUGACACUCGCAGUGUAUUGGGCAGUCCUCAAUUUGUUACACAGAAUGUCAGUAUCAAAAGACGUUUUAGUGAGUUUGUUGCCCUUCAAUCUAGACUAGAAGAAAAUCCAGUUUUGAAAAUUUUUUUAAAAGGUAUUAAAGGACCCAGUAAAUGGACGACUUUACCAUUUUCUAAUUUAGAUAAAAGGUAUAUUGCUGAACGUAAAGUAUUCCUAGAAAAUUAUCUGAAAGCUCUAUGUGAUAUAGCUCCAAUUGCUCAAAGUUCUGAACUUCAAGAAUUUUUAGCUUAUGGUGGGGAUGCAAGAAUAUCAUUUGUUAGAAGAACUGGAGAUAUUAGUGUGCCAAGAAUUGAUAAGUUUUUUGUUCGAGGGGUCAGAGGUGCAAUUGACAUGUUUAAAACUGCAUUACCAAGCUCACCUUUAGAAGUUGAAGGCAUACUUCCAGUUAAGACUUCUUUAGAAGAACCUAGUUCUGACCAAAGAUUUCAUGAAUAUCUACUAGACUUUUCCUAUCGCGAACCUGAAAUCAAGGAACAUGUCAAUAACUUUUUUCAAAAUUCAGUUGGGAAUCAAUCUUAUGAAAAUUCAUCCCAUAAAGGAAAGGAUAUUGACGCAAAAGGAAAAAAGUCUUCACUGUUAAGAAACCUUUCAAAUUUUAAAAUUGAAGAAUGCUGUUCUUGUACGGGAUUGCAUGAUAACUAUCUAGAGGAUGAAUACCCAUUCGGUAAUACAAUGAUUGAAUUACUUGAUGCAGCUGUAGAUUUCAAUGCCAUGAAAUUAGGAGAUCUACGAACAAAAUUAGUGCUUUUAUUGUCACCAUUGAUUAAUAGGUACAUGGUAAACAAGAUCGAUUGUAUAUCUGAUGAACACCUUGCAUAUGCUCUGCAUUCUUUACAUAUGUACUUAUGGCCUGAUGAAGUUAUAGUAAAUGCUGCAAACACAGGGCAAGAUAAUUCUGCUAAUAUAGAAAAAAUUGUUGAAUGUUUAGAAGAUUUAUUUUCAUCAAAUUAUUUCCUGCAUAAUGGUGUCUAUAGUGUCAAAUCAACUGUUCUAGAAAAGAUGAAAUUAUUUAUUUUAUCUCUUCAGGAUGAGAAACUGAAUAAGUGUUUACUGUUCCACAUGUUUGAUGUUAUCGUUGAAUAUGUUUGUUCUGAAGCAUAAAUCUGUGCCUAUCAUUUCAUAUUGCUGUAAUGAAACAUUAAUAUUUUCUAAUCUCAAAAAAUUCUCAAAAAUUGCAUAAAUCAUAUUUUUGGAAAUUUAAAUAAUCAAUAUACAUUCCAUUAAUAUAAAUCUUACCAAAUUUAGUUAAAAGAUCGAAUUAUAUACAUGUAUCUAUGCAUUCCAGUUUUUAUUUUAUCACAUUUAAGAUUCAAGUAAUCUAAAAAAUUUUGUCUGUAACUUUUGAUUGAUGUUUAUUUAAUAAAAUAUAUAUUUGUGUAUGUGAUUAAGAAGAUU